AUGGCGGUCAAAGUGAGUGUCAAGUGGGGCAAGCAGCUGUUCGCGGACGUCGAGGUGGACAAGGCCGCGCCCGUGGCCGUGCUCAAGGCGCAGCUCUAUGCCCUCACGUCCGUGCCCGUGGACCGCCAGAAACUCAUGUCGAAGGCCUGGAAAGGCAUGCUCAAGGACGACGUGGACCUCUCGACGCUGGGCAAGUUGGUAGACGGGACGGGGGUCAUGCUCAUGGGUUCAGCUGAAGUGGUCCACAAACCACCACAGCCCACUGUCUUCCUGGAAGACAUGACGACGGCAGAUGUAGCCAUGACCGGCACCCUGUACCCCGCCGGGCUCGUGAACCUGGGCAAUACGUGCUACAUGAACGCGACGCUGCAGUGUCUACGGCCCGUGACAGAGCUACGGGAAGCGCUGGCCUCGCAGCCCAGCGCUGCAUCGGCCGACUUGACCUCGAGCUUCUCGACGGCGUUACGCGACAUGUAUAGCCACUUGGACCGCAGCGUCGAGAGCGUCACGCCGUCGAUGUUUGUGUCGGUGCUGCGUCGAGCGUACCCGCAGUUUGCCCAGCAAGCGCCGCGAAGUGGCGGGUACAUGCAACAAGACAGUGACGAGUUCCUCUCGACGCUCUUUUCGACGCUGCAGCAGACGCUGACGCGUGCCGCAGGAGGACUCGCGUCGCUCGGCCCGGCGUCGAACGUUGUCGACGCGCUGUUUGGGCUGGAGAUGGAUGAGACAAUCGAGUGCACGGAAAGUGACGUCGAGGCGGUCAUUGCAAAGAAGGAGAAGGCGCUGAAGCUCGUGUGCAAUAUCACGAUCGAGACGAACCAUCUCGCGGAAGGCAUUAAGAUUGGACUGGAAGGCACGAUUGAGAAACACUCGGAGGUGCUUGGUCGCAAUGCAGUGUGGAAGAAAACACUGCGGAUAAACCGCUUGCCCAAGUACCUGUGUGUGCAGUUUAUGCGCUUCUACUGGAAGACAACGCCCGAGAGUCGCGACCACACUGGUGUCAAGUGCAAGAUGCUGAGGCCCAUCGGUUUUCCCACGACUUUGGACGUCUACGAUUUCUGCUCCGAUGAGCUCAAGGCGACCUUGAAGAUCUCGCGUGAUAGGAAUGCCGAGAAGCUGCUGAAUGAGUUCAAGGACAAGGAGGAAGAAGGCGAGGAGAAAAAGGAGGCCGAUGAGGAUGAUGGCAUGGACGACAUGUCUCAGGAAGAGAAGGAUGCUCUAGAGGCUGCUUGCGCUCUUUCGAUGGGCGCCAAGUCGCCCGGCAUUGAACUUCCUGCUAAUUUCCAAGGCAACUACGAGCUGUACGCGAUUCUGACGCACAAAGGCCGUUCCGCCGACUCGGGGCAUUACAUGGCAUGGGUACGCCACGAAGGAGAUGACUGGUAUUGCUACGAUGACGACGAUGUCUCGCCGUGCAAGACCGAGGACAUAAUGAAACUCAAGGGCGGGGGUGACUGGCACAUGGCGUACCUCGCUUUUUACCGUGCCAAGAACUAG